CACACCCACUGAUGCUGGUGUCUCUCUCCACGCUACAGUCAAGGUGCUAUUCUGCAUAGAUUAUUUUGGGGCUAGUACAACUUGUGCUUUGCAAUCUACAGUAGUAAUGUUGACCGCCAUGUGCUGGCUACUGGUUGGAUGUUGUGGGCUCGCCUUUGUGAACCUCUCAGUGGCUUUAAACAGCCCCCUACAGGUCACCCAGAAGCCUCGUUUCUUUGGGGUGAAGACCAAUCGCACUGUGGUCAUAUUCUGUGUGGUGUCGGACCGAAUCCAGUCUGCCACGGUGGAAUGGUACAAGGCCUCAGAAUACAACACCACUGGGAAGAAGAUAGAGGGGGACCGGGUCACUGUGAGGCAGAAGAGCAUGUUACGAAAUGCCUCGAUCGAACUCAGACAUGUAGAGACGGAGGACACCGGAUUUUACUUUUGUCUGAUUAACAACAUCACCUGGGGGCCAGGGACAGAGCUACAAGUGCUCAGACCCUCUAACAGUGAAAAUGCAGAAAGGAGAAGCAAACUGAAGGAUGCUUUGAUAUUUCUCCAGGCGUUACUCUUAACGCUGUUUGCUCUUGCCCCACUGCUACGCCACCAAUCCCUGUUGAAGAAGGAAGAUGCCAUUUAUGAGGAACCUGAACAUGAUCACAUCUAUGAGGGCUUGGAGAUCGAGCAUUGUGGUGAUCUGUAUGAGGACAUCUCAGUGUAUGCUCAGCCUGGGCCAGCAGAGGCUGCUGCAGCUUGGAAGCAGGAGUGAGCUGCAUCGGCGCGGAGAUGGGGACUGAGCUCUCCUGUCAUCCACUGCAUCUCAAUGCCUAUCCGCCCCGUAUUCGUUAAGCGUUCAGAGUAGGACUGCUGAUCUAUGAUCAGUUUUUGCCUCAGAUGAAAAUGAAUAGACAAGGGGGAUCUGAUCAAAGAUCUGCACCCCUACUCUGAGAUGCAAUAUGAAUACGGCCCUGGACUCAAAGGCCAAUGUCUCAUCCAUGGUGUUACAGGAUGUAUCUUAUGUUUAGUGAUUUGUUCAGACGACCACUAUUUCUUCAUGUUAUAGAUCCAUCCAUAUGGGUAAUGUCAUUUUAGAAUACAUGUGCGCGUGUUCUUUUCGAUACCUCCUAUAUAAGAUGCACGCAGAGGAACAGAUUGUUGAUUCGUGUUUUUCUAAUCGCAUGUUUUUCUCUUUUCACCUAUCUCAAAUGUGUUCAUGUAUUCUUUUCAGUUGUGCUCGAUUUGGUGUCUCUAUAAAAUGAGUUUUGAGUUGGUGCUACUAUUUUGAUUGUUAUAUAAUAGGGUGAAUGCGACAAAAGUUAGUUAUUGCAAUGCUUGUUUAACGAGGCUUGUCCAUAGAAAGGCUCUCUUUUCAGCUUCUCCUGUUUCAGUUGUAAAAUACUCAACCUGAUCGCGCCCCUUCAAAUUGUAUCAAUGUGGGUGUUUUGUUAAGUGGACAUGUGGCCUGGAUAAAUAUGUAGGCCAUCCAUCGUUGAUUGCUAAUAAUGUUAUACUCUUGCCUGUACUAUGAUAUGGCAGCAUUGUAAAGUGGACUUUGCCUUAAAUAUCCAAAGACAAAAAAAACAAUUAGUCUCGAGAGAAAGUUGUUUUUGUCUAGAGCUGUCAUUUUUUUCAAAAACAUCACAAUGUUCUAUUGUUGUUAUGAAAACUAUUACUAUACCAUAUACUGUUAAACAGUGAUUGCCAAAUCCAUAUGUAGUCAAAAAUGCAUUUAAAAUGCAUUCAAAAAUGCAUUUAAUGAAGUAGCAGGUAAAAGCAUACAUCUACAGUAAUUUUGUGUAUAAAAAUGUAUCCAGCAAUCAUCAACAGAAUAAAUAAAAGUUAAUAAAUAACCCAAUAAAUAAAUAGAUUUAAAACCAGAUAAAAAAAAAAAACACAUUUCCA